AAUUUUACAAAGACACAAAUAUACAUACAUACAUAUAUGUAGUCAAACAUAAAGUGCAAUCUAAGAGAGAAUAAUACAAAAAUUAACAAAAUAUUAUAUAAAAAAGAAAUUAAACCAAAAUCACAACAACAACAGCAACUAAAGACGCAUGUGGCACCAACAAAAGCGUGUGUGGCAUGCAACGCGUAAAAUUUGCAGCAAGUAGGCGAUAUAAAGCGACAAAUAAGUUUGCAAGAAAGCAUAUCCAACAACAACAACAAGCGUGCAGCCAACAAACACAGUUGCCAGAUAGUUAAAAAAGUAAAUUUCCGUUUUGCUUUUGAAUUAUUUUAAAAUAAAUCGUCGUUAUUGCAUAUGAAACAGUUAUAUACACUGUAUAUAUAUAUAUAUAUAUAUAAUAUAUAAAAGAAAAACAACAACAAUAGCAAUAACGAAACAGUUGUUGUAAAUAGCAGCAGCAGCGGACGGACAGCAGGCAGCAGACGACAGCCGACGACAACUGCAGUGGCCGCAAGCUUUCCAGCGCCCCUCCAACGCCUACCAACAAAGCAUCACCGACAAGAAGCAGCAGCAACAGCAGCAGCGACAGCGGCAACAACAAUCACAAUAAUACGGCGCUUAAUUAAGCAAUACCUACGCGAUUGGCCCAUGGAAGAAUUGGCUUAGAACGGAUCGCUGAGGAGUUGAUGGAACGCAUGAAAUGGAAGCAAUAUCAAGAGCCAUUAACUACGCGCGUCCAUACAAACAAUCACACCGUACAAUCGCCAGCCGAAACAGCAGCAACAGCAGAGUUGCCAGCAGCAACAGCCGCCGCCAGUACAGCAGCGACCUCAGUAGCCCCACAAAUCCCAGUAGAACGGCAAACAUCCACAGAGUACGAUCAACAACAACAUCAACAACAAAAACACAACGAUCAGCCUGUAGAGGAGCAAAAGAUUACACAUUUGCAGCAACAAAAAUCGAUCAACGAUCUCGUAGACACCAAGAGUGCACAGCCAUCAUCAUCAUCACCAACAUACGGCCAGAGCAACGGCACUGCAACAGACAACAACAACAGCCAACACAAUCUUCAAUACGAGCAAGCACACGAGCGCACAGUCGGAGGCGGAACGAACGCCGAAGAACAGCAAAAAAACAAAGGAAAUACGCAACAAAGCAACUGCGUAGAAGACUCCAUAAAGGCUAAGGAGGAUCGGGAGGUGCAAGCUGUUACAGACAAUACAACAACAUCACAUAAUCACAACCAACUUCACCGUAAUAACAGUAAUAGUGUAACAUUAAAUAAUAAGACAAAUUGCGGCAACCACAACGGCAACAACAACAACAAUAAUACAUCAACAAAAGCAACAAAUUCAUCACACACAAACACAACAACAACAAACAUCACAAGCCUUAUCGCCAAUCAGAAUAGCUUGUCAAGUGUAACUACAUCACCACCGUCAACGCAUCCACCGCAGCCUGCCACUGAGGCGCUUGAGCGGCAGCGUACGCCCACCGUUGAACCGGUCGAUUGGAAGCCGAAUGAGAAGUGUUAUUUUUGUGUGGACGGCAGAUUACUCACGGUGAACGCGAAGGGAGAACUAGUAGCCGAGCCGGCGGGCCCCAUUGUGUCCGCCGUCGGCGGCGAUUCAGUGGAACACGUUCACAGGCAGCUUGAGACCGAUAGCGAUUCGAAUGAAUCAGCGCAUGCGAAUUUGGUGAAUAGUACAACAACUGCGCCCGUUGUAAACAAUAAUAACAACAACAGUAGUGCGAAUAACAUUAACAACAACAACAAUAAUAAUAAUAAUAAUAACAAUCGCAUCGACUGGAACAAGCUGUUGACGACACGUUUAGUUGAUUUGCCAGCGAAUAUGACUUCAAUGGACUCAAUGGCCGCGCAGUUAGCAGUCAUUUCUGGUUACCCAAAUUUUAAUUGGCUACAAUUGAUGCAACAACAGCAGCAGCAAGAGCAGCAGCCACAUCCCGCACCGAUACAGCAACAAACACAGCCACAACAACAGCAUCAGCAACAACAACAGCAACAGCAUAUAAGUUCGGCGACACCAACUACCUCAGAGACAUCGGCCGCCGCUGUUAGUCCACCACUCAAGGAUUCGCCCAGUCCCAGUGAUGCCACCGGUGAACAACCCUUAGAUCUUAGUUCGAAACCAUCGCCAAAUUCGUCUAUUAGCGGCGAUUUGAAGUCAGUGCGCUCCAAGACGAUGCGCGCUACGCCCACACUCUCUGCACGUCGCCCCUGCACCGAUGAUGCACUGAGCAGUACCGUACAAGAGCUUCUCAGCGGAAAGUAUAGCACACGGAAAUCGUCAGACCAAUACGCCGGCAGUUCGAGCACGAGCCCAGGACGCGCCAGAUCCAAUCGCACCGGAGUGAGUGGCAAACGUGCGAAUGCACACCUAGCCAACGCGCUCUUACACGGCAUGGACGUGGACAAGGAUAUGUCCGGCGAUGAAUGCAGCACUGGCAUACCUGGCGGCCAUGGUAGUAAUGCUUCAACACCACAACCAGAAACCGCCACACACAUUGCACUGGAGGAGCUCGCCAAUCGGCUAAACGCGACACAUUCUCUGCGUAAAUAUUGUGCGAAUAACGGUACCGGUGAUGCGGGGCGACGCGAUGUCGCCAAUGAUGUCGGCAAUUGCAACGAUUUGUCACCAAAGCCGAACGCAAUAUACGUUGAUGGCGCUAAGUGUGACGCCGGUACACCGUCGAGCAGCGCUACACCACAACCGCAGCAAUCGCCGCCAGCGACUGGACUGGAUCCGACAUUAGCGAUUUUACAGGCAUUCCUCUUUACGCUCACCAGCUUUGGCGCUUUGCAGCAACGUGCCGAUCAGCCGGUUACUCUGCGUGAUUUGGUGGCCAAUUUGAAGGAUAUGUUGGAAACACAUACCGCGGGUGAUUUAAGUGUGGAGGGUCUUUUCAGCAAUGGCAAGCCCAAUAUAAUGGACCAACCGUUGUUGGCGCAAAAGCUGCAACAACAAACGUCAGCGUAUGCGGCACAACGCUUACCCAAAUCAGAUACACCAGAGACCACGAGCUCGUUGGACCACCAUGAGCCGAUUGGUGAUGAUCUGGCUGCGUCGAUUCUUAAGAUUCCGUCCUAUAAGCCAGUGGCAGGCACGCCGACGCCCACAUCGGCUGCAGCACGCGCCUCAUGUUCGCCAUCCUUGCUGUGCAACAAUUCCACCGCCAACUCCAUGCCAAAUCCCAGCGGCGAUAGUCCGCAUUCUGCGCCCUCACCACGCAUCGCCAACUCUAUGCUGGCCGCUGCUGUGGCCGCCGCUAGCAAUAAUGGCACCGUCGCAUCUGCCGGCCGUCAGGGCAAUAAUGAUCUAUCUGUCAUUUCGCCGCCACUAAUGCAGCACACCCAAUCACCACCGUCGUUCAGUUUUCGCGACAUGAUCGCACAUGGCAUUCACCGCACUAUGAAUGAGCAGGCCAAUCAGGACGCGCAUGCCGCCGCCGCUGCUGUUGCUGCGGCUUCGGCGCCAAUGCUGGGUCUGUGCUUGGAAAUGGAGCGCUCUAACAACAAUAGCGGCAGCAGUACGGAUCAUAAGAAACCUACUAUAUCGGUGGUGAAGAAUAUAGGUGGCACCGAUACAACACGGUUUGGUGCUGCACCCAAUGUCUUGGCUGGUUCGAGUGUGGCUGGUAGCAGUAGCAGCACACACAACUCACAUGGCUAUCACCAGGCGCACAUACAUCAUCAUCUGCCACCCCAUCUAAGUCGCCAAGAGGCAGCAGCGCUUGCCGCCGGCAAAGGUACCCGCCCGAAACGUGGUAAGUAUCGCAACUAUGACCGCGAUAGUUUAAUCGAAGCAGUGCGCGCUGUGCAGCGCGGCGAGAUGUCAGUGCAUCGUGCGGGCAGUUAUUUCGGUGUGCCGCAUUCAACGCUCGAGUACAAAGUGAAGGAGCGACAUUUGAUGCGGCCGCGUAAGCGUGAGCCCAAGCCACAGCCCGGACUAGAUGGUAGCAGCAGCACGACAACGGGCAAAUCAAACUCUAACAUUCCUGGUCAUCACAACAAUCUGAGCAAAAUCAAGUUGGGCAACGCUGGCAACAGUAAUGUAAAUUCCAAGCUCAACGAAGCGCAUAAGGGCAAUAGUAACUCAGCAGCGGCCGCAUUCCCAACCAGCGCACCAAACGGCAUGAAAAUGCUUUUCGAUCCCAUCCAAUAUCCAGCACAUCUAUUUUGGAAUCCCCCGCCAGCCUUUAGCCAAAUGCAUAUGGAAUUCAAUCGCAAUGCAGUGGCGGCGCAAACCGCCAGCGCGGCACAACGUUACACCGAAGAAACGCUACGUGGCGUUGGCGGCACAUCAGCUGGUACGCCUUCUAACGCCAACAGCCCCAGUCCUAUUGCCAGUCCGUUGUCGGCAGCGGCAAGUCAUACACUCAAUAUGAAGAGUGCGCGUGAGCUUGCCGAAAAUUUGUAUGAAAGCGCUGGCGCCAACGGUUCCUCAAUACUCGACGGCAUCAUACGGAAAACGCUCGACCGCAAAAGCACCGACGUGGGACCGCCGAACAGUGCCAGCACCGGCGGCGCACUACUCGACCACUUGCUGGUGAAGAAAAGUGCACUACCGCCAUAUGCCAGCAACAACAGUAACGAUCAUCGCUCACCCAACGCCAUGAGCAGUCUACGCGCUAAACGCGCCGCCAGUCCGCUUGCAUAUACCGAAAUCAAACGUGAACGCGGCAGUCCGCCACACAGUAGCGGUGACGACGAUGAUGACGACGCCUCACGCAGCGGCAAUGACGAAAGUAGCUACGAGCACAACAAUAAUAACAACAGCAAAGGUAGUUAUAUCGGCAAUAAUGAGUUGCACCUCCAGCAUCAGCAUUUGCACCAUCAACAACACAGUCGCAGCCGCAGCCGCUUAACCUCUCACGACUCCGCCGAAACCGAUACGAGUAGCAUACCCAGCGAGCUCAUGACGAAUCACAACAACGGCAACAAACUGACUGGCGAUCUUAAUGGCAAUGGCGGUAGCGCGGCAAUGAGCGGUAUGCUGCCCAAAGUGGAACCACCGCUUGAAUUUGGACACGCACCACCCACAUUGGGUAGCACAUCCAUACUACAGGAAAAAUUGGCGCAAAUUAAGGCCGAGCAGGAGAACGAAGAGCACUUAUAGAGAUGAAUGAACUGGCCAUACGGCAUGUCGUUACAUUAGCGGUACUAACACGCUAACGGUUGAGGGGGGGGGCAAUUAAUAAUGGUGCUGAUUGUAGGCUCUGUAAAAGGGCGCAGAGCCAAACGGUACCGACAGGCGUACAAAUCUACCUAGAAUCCAAAACAGAACGGGCAUAGCAGUACCAGCGAGACGCAGCGGCAUACCGUGGAUCUGCAGGCAUGCUAGAGCAAAGGCUGUUGGGCGAACAGAACUUCAACUUGUGGCACUCACCAUGCCCGGCAUUAGUUGGGAUAUGCAUUCAGAGAUCGGGAUUGGGAUC